CAAAUCCAUUAAUAAACUAUAUAUUAUAUAUAGAGAGAGAGAGAAAUGACAUCAAGAAGAGUGCAAAAUAAAAUGGCUAUGAGUAGCAAGCUUUACCUUUUAAGAAAACUCACAAACUCCAAAUCAGUGAAAAAGAAUUCUAUCAUAUUUGAUGCUUUCCUUUACAUCAUCAAGUUGAGACUCCAACUACAAGCCAUCCAAAGAGAGUAUCAACAAUUAUUAAACCAUGUCCAAGAAGUAAAGGUGGAAAAGCUUGUUGGGACAAGAUUUUUGGUGAAAGUGACAUGCAAAACGGGGAAAGAUGUGUUAGUAUCAAUUUUGGAGGCAUUUGAAGAUAUGAAACUAAGUGUUAUUCAAGCUAGGGUUACAAGCAAGUACUUCUUUGGGAUGGAAGCUAUUGUGGAGGUUGAAAAUGAAGUUAAUUUGGAUGUUAAAGUCUUGACUAAAGCACUUCAAAUGGCUAUCCACAAGAAAAAUAUUGAAAAGCCCUAAGUAAUAUAUAAUCUCCUUUUUGGAGAAUGUAGCUCUAAUUAAGUAGUUGUUGCUUGAGCUGAGGAUCUUUUGGAUACAACCUCUCUAUCUUCACGAGGUAGUGGUAUGGUCUAUGCAUAUUUUACCCUUCCGAAACCCCACUUAUCAGAUUUCACUGUGUAUGAUAUUGUUGUAUCCUUCUAGCUAGUUGUUACUUAAGUUGAGGGUCUUUCGGAAUCAACUUCUCUAUCUUAACGAGGUAGUGAUAGGUCUGUGUACGCUUUACCCUUCCCUGACCCCACUUAUGAGAUUUCACUGAGUAUGAUGUUGUUGUUGUAUCCUUCUAGCUAGUUGUUCAUGUAAUGAAGGUAAAAAGAAAAAAAAUCACUUUCUUUUUGAAAUAUAUGAAAUGUUGAAUUGUGGUGCAA